UUGCUUGAUUUCAAGUAUUUUAGCUACAUGUGUACAUCUCUCCUCUCCCCUUAAGCUAAUCAAUAAAAUUUAACAUCGGGCGUUAUAAUUAAGAAUCGAUAUAAUUAUUAAUCGAUAUAAUUAUUAAGGGAUAGUUGAAAACCACAAAGUUAGUAAAACACAUUUUUAUUUUAUAUUUCGCCAAUCUUAUCCAAGUUGUGUUACGCCAUAUUUAAUUUAACAUUGUUAAUAUACACAGAAAUGAAUUCAAGAUUUUUCAGACAACGUUUUCCUAAAUAUGUUCUUGUGGUGGGUGUAUUGUUGGUUUUCAUUUGGAUUUACUCAGAAAUUGUGAACGAAGCAUUGUUUUCAGUAAAUAAUGCGCAUAUAGCUGACACCGUUGAAGAUAUUUUACACCACGUUAAAUUUGACGGUAAGCCAUCAGUGAAAGCCGAUGUGGUUGAAAGCGUGUGCCGCCAGGAAAAAGGCAACAUGGAUUCAGAAGAACCACUUUGUCAAAAGCCCCCAAUAUUAGACCCAAUGUAUAGAAACCCUUGCUGGUCUUCAAAAGGAGAACUGGAAUGCGUGCCCUACUUUCUUGUUACUGGUAUGCCGUACGGCAGAAUGGAGGAGGUGUUUUACGAUCUCUUAGGGCAUAAAGACAUAACAGACUAUGCUGAUGAAGCAGCUGAACAUGGGCCGAUAGAACACAGAACAGCGGUUUAUGGAGAUUACCUCUACAUGGAUGAAGCAGAUGAGGAAGAUUCCAACACUGAUAACCAACAACGGGGCAAUCGAUUCCUAGACCUCUGGCGAUUACAACAUGUAAACCCGGACAUUAAAAUCAUUGUCGUGCUUAAAGAUCCCGUGGAAAGAGUGCUUGAUGAAUAUUUGGAUUCAUCUUUGUACUACGAUGACAUGGACUCCUGUAGCGAGUUUUCCCGGGUUUUGUCCAGGUCGCUACACACACUAAAGAAUUGUGUCACCUCCUCGUCGCUUCAAGAGUGCGUUAUCGGGGACAAAUCCGUCGAUACUGAGGUCGAUGUAGCAUCCGGCUUCUACAGCGUGUUCCUGGCGGAAUGGCUUGCUAUUUUUCCACGGAAAAAUAUAAUGAUAAUCAACAUCGAGGAUUACCAGACCAAGAAAAGAUCGAUGCUGGAACAUAUUAUUAAGUUUCUUCAACUGCAGCCAAUUUCGGGUCCAAAACUUGAAACCAUCCUAGCCAGUGAAGAGACCGAGGAGUACGCCUUUGACUGUUUCGAGAAAGAGUUGGAGGACCUGUACAAACCAUUUAACAAGAAGCUUAAAGAGAUAGUUUGACUGGGAGGUUAAUACGCGCCAUUUUCACAUUAUUUUGUGCAGCCAUAUUGCACGUGGGUAAAGAAAGAAUAUACCUUUUACAUUGGGAUACAUUUCUUAUUCGAAGUUAUGGACUGUAACAGUAUUCUCUUUUCUUAAUCUAACGUUCUUUUGGUCGACGAAUCAGCUUUUGCAGCAAUGGCCAUUUGUAGAGUCCGUGACUUGUAGAGUUCCCUUUUCUAUCAUCCUAAUUCAAAAUGAUAAACAUUGUUUUUUUUGUGAAUCAGUCUAUGUUUUCAAAACCAUAAACUCCUGAAAAUAACCCUCAGUGUAUUGUAUUUCUUGAUAUAUGUUUUUAUAAGAACAACUUAAACCAUUUCUAUUCCUGUUAAUGUUAUUUAUCUGAUAAAAAUGAUGUACAGUUGAACCCCGUUGUCUCGAACUUGCUUGGCUCGAUUUCCUCAUUGGCUCGAACUGGAUGUAAAGGACUGAUUUAUUUUUCUAAUGAAGGUAAGCAUUCCCGCUUGGCUCGAGUCUCCCGAGGCUGGGGGUAUUUUCGACGGUCCCUGGGGGUUCGAGCCAACGGGGUUCGACUGUAGUCUUGAGUGAUGUAUGUGUUAGGACUGUUAAUUAUCUGCUCCAUUCAAGAAUAAGAUAUCAAAAUAAAAGUUUAAGAAUUUUUUUUUAAAACAUACAAAUAAUGGUAAAAACUCUACAGCGUCACGGACACUACAUCACGGUUUUUGCAUCAGCAGUGUGACUUAAUCAACAACAGAAAUAUUUAACCAUUUUGGCGAGAGUGAAUAUUUAGAGGUUCUUCAAACACAGACAUAAGUUUUCACUAUGAAUUGUCUGAUGUGUAAAUAAUGUGUCACGGACACUACAACUUCCCGUGUUGUUUAAACAAGAUUUACACAAUUUUUUACUGUGUGUCCACUAUCUAUAUUUUUCUUUUGCACAACGUCUUAAAUGUUAAGUUAAGUGCAAAAUUUGAUUUUAUAUUAUAAAAGCUCUUCAAAAGUUCAUACCUCUACAAAUGUUAAAUAGAAAAUGUAUAACGAACCUAUGGUUUUACUUAAUUUCUUAUAUUUGAUUGAACCAUUCAAUUGAUCGUUACAAUUUAAAUAUCAUUUUAAAGCUUAUUGAAAUGUCCAUUUUGACUUUAAACCUUUCUGAUUAUAGACAGAUAUGUUUUUAGUAUGAAAAUAUCUCCUAUUUUCGAAGUACAACGGCAUAACGUUGAAAAUACCUCCCUUUUUGGAUACUGCCAAGCAGAAUGAUUGACUUGUGAUAUAUCUAGGUAACACAUGGAAGCCAAUUCACGGCUCAAAUACAAUCAAUAUGACAACGAUAAAUGUCGAUUCAUUAUAUGUCCCAAGGACAAUUACAAGUAUAUUAUUUUCUUCAAUGACAUUGUAGCUAUUAAAGACCUGACCGCAUGUGCUCACGUGCACAUUCAUCCAUGCAAGAGGGCAAGCUUGCAAUUCCAUGACGUACUUGCGUUUCGGAAAUUUGCAAGCUUUUCUCCUACAUAAUUCAUUAACAUUGUAACUGUUAUUUAUAACCAUAGUAACUGUUAUUGAUUGUCAUGGUAACUGUUAUUGGUUAACAUGGUAACUGUAAUUGAUUGUCAUAGUUAACUGUUAUCGAUUGCUAUGGUUGCAAUUAUUGAUUGUAAUGGUAACUGUUAUUAGUUGACAAUGUAACUGUUAUUAAUUGACAUGGUAACUGUUAUUGAUUGUCAUAGUAACUGUUAUUGGUUGUCAUGGUAACUGUUAUUAAUUGACAUGGUAACUCUUAUUGAUGGUCAUAGUAACUGUUAUUGAUUGUCAUGGCAACUUUUAUUGGUUGACAUGGUAACUGUUAUUGAUUGCCAUAGUAUCUGUUAUUGAUUGUCAUGUUAACUAUUAUUGAUUGUCAUGGUAUCUGGAAUUGGUUGACAUGGUAACUAUUAUUGGUUGGCAUGGUAAUUGUAAUUGAUUAUCAUGGUAACAGGUAUUGGUUGGCAUGGUAAUUGUUAUUGAUUGUGUAAAUAACUGUUAUCCAUUAUCAUUUUGAUUGACAUGUAUAUAAGGUAACUAUUUUUAUUGUAAGUGUAUUUUAUUGAAUUAUAUUUUUUCAAUUUUCAUUCUUACUUUAAUAUCAUUGGAUUGGUACACUUCUACAUUAUUGGAUAGCAUUUUGUAUAUACUAUCGAUUGACAUAUGGCUGAUUGUUUAGAAUUUUGUUCAAGUUAAUAUCGUUGUUGACAUCAUUGUUAGAGACUUAAGAGAAUGGUUCUAUCAUGCUUAACAUCUUAUUCAAACAUAUCAGUACAUUAUAAAAUGUUAAACUAUCUAAAGUUAACAAAGAUGUUGUUAACAUUAACAAAGUUCUCAACGAUGGGCUCAUUGUAAUUAUAUAAUUGACUGCCAUUGUAAAGUUAUAUGUUACUGAAUUGCAUAAUAAAUACAUAGCAUAUACUUGGCAAAUCGUCUACGA